AUGACAGCACGCUUAUCGCUUUUUGACCCGCCAUCAGAGUCUCCAUGGGCUGGAGAACGCUCUGCAGUGCCCCCACCGACCCUGCACGAAAGCCAGUACCCUGCGCAAGAUCCGUCACACCCUCCUCAGUCAGCAGCUGGGUUUACGAACGCUCAGUCUCCUUUCCAACCGCCUCAGACGACACCUUGUGAUAAUCCAAAUGCAUAUCCUCCACAAUUGCAUCAGCAAGGGAAACAAGCAAACCUAUCACCAUGGAAUGAAAUAGGUACUCCUGCUACUGUUUCUACUGCAAAUACUGGGUCUUCACAUGCUCUCAUUGACCUCAAUGAGGCAUCGGAUGCACAUAUACAAACGAACCAGCGUACGGCGGCAUCAUCUGUGUAUUCCGAUAUGAACGGGGGUCAGCCACAUCCAAUGCCAUCAGAGAACAGCCAGCUAGGCCCUGCUCCACCUCUUCCUGAACGCUCAAAUAUUUCACAGCCUGGUCAACCGAUUUCUGGUACUCCAGUCUCCGAAGCUGAAGCACAGAAUCAGCAUGAACAGAGAUCUGAAACUUAUUCGAUCAGGCAUGUCAAUUGGACUGACGCCACAGGAAAGCUGCGCGACUGCCCGAUUCUCGCUCAAAAUAAAAAUGGACCAUGCCCAUUGCUAGCGCUUGUUAAUGCUCUCGUGCUGCGCUCAAGCCCCGAUUCUCAGCCUCCUAUAGUCAGAGCGCUACAAACACGAGAACAGAUAUCUCUUGGUUUGUUGAUCGAAGCUUUAUUCGACGAGUUAACAACAUGCUUGGGGCCAGACGACGAGCUUCCAGACAUCGAAGCCCUGAGUAGAUUCUUGACUAUGCUCCAUACGGGCAUGAAUGUCAAUCCACGACUCACACUGGGAUCUAGCGAUUCGGUGGGCACGUUUUUAGAAACUAGUGAUAUUAAGUUUUAUGGCACUUUCGGUGUCCCGCUGCUACACGGUUGGGUCGCUGAGCCGUCUACAGAAGCGGAUGGGGCGUUGACACGUGUGGCACAAUUUUAUGAAGACAUCCAACUUCUUCCCUUUCGCAAACAAGAACUUGAGGAUCGGGUAUUUCGAGGCGGGUCACUCACCCCAGAGGAAGAGCAAAGCAUGAAAGAUAUUCAAAUCAUUCAGCAUUUUACGGAGAUCGAGAAUGCCACCCAGCUCAGCACAUUCGGGAUUCAACACUUGACAGAAAAGCUGCCGCCAGGGUCACUAUCGAUUCUAUUCCGUAAUGACCACUUCUCCACCCUCUAUAAACACUCUCAGAACCAUCAGCUUUUCACACUAGUCACUGACGCUGGAUACUCCCAUCGGGCGGAAAUCGUAUGGGAAUCUCUCGUUGAUGUCAAUGGAUCUCAGUCCGGCUUCUUUGCGGGUGAUUUCCGCCCUGUCAGCCAUACCUCGACCGGAGCCUCCGAUCCAUCCGGUCCAAGGACGUCCAGCAAUACUAGACAUUCUGGAGUCUCCUCGGCAGUCUCACAUGAGCAGCAGGGCAGAGCAUUGUCUCCACAGGAGCAGGCUGAUGCAGAUUAUGCUUACGCCUUGUCCCUUCAACUACAGGAGGAAGAGCAGCAAGCCAGUGGCAGGACUCCCCGUGACCGUAAUCAGCGAGCUUCCGUUCCGUACUAUCCUCAAGGGUCCUCCGAGGGACCAGCUCCUGCUCGCCACCGCUCUACAGGCCAUCGUCCUUCACAUCAACCUAGACGACACUCGCCGUCUCGGGACGCUGAUGACGUUCCGCCACCUUCUUAUGAGCAGGUAGCCAAUAAUGCGGCCUAUCAGUCACCUCCACGAAGUUCCAACAACAGAGCUGCGCCUUAUGUGGCUCCUUAUCAGAUAGCCCAGUUCGGAAGACGACCGCCAGGUGUGCCUAUAGCAAUCGGACCAUCGGAUCGCCCUAAAGAUCGAAAUAAAGAUUGUAUUGUCAUGUGA